AAGGGUUGUCCAAGGAGACUUGGAUGGUUGAAAUUGUAAAUGAACUCUCAACUAGAUGUCCCACUGUUGCUGAAAUCCUAUCAAGCUUGCUAAAUUGCUCCAUGUUGAACCUUGGAAAAAAGCUAUCCCUUAUUUGCUUGGUUUAUGGUAUUAUCAUGUUUAUGAGAUGUCAUGAACUGAGCAGAGUACAAAGGAUUAAUACUGUUCUCCUGACUGAAGGAAAAGCAUCAAGUAAUUUGUUUGAGCAACUUAACAAGUAUGGUUUCUGUCUAAGCAUUUCUAAAAAGUAUGUAGUCCUCGAUGACAUUGGGAAGCACUUUUUGGAUCAUGCUGUAGAAUUGCUAAAGUCUGGAAGGAAGUUUGUCUUUGUUGUUGACAACAUAGAUUGGGAGGAGAAGGUGCAUGAUAUGCGAGAGGUUCAUCAAAAUAAGAGUGUGCAUGCAGUUGCAACCAGCAUGGUGUUCACCAGAGUUUCAAGCGACCACCUUCCUGAUGACGGCCCUCAGAAAGAUAUAAGGACUUGCGACUUUCGUGAACUUGUUAGAAUAAAGGAGGAAGAAUUGAGGACGAUUCAAAAUCGAUACAGGAUACUAAUAGCAAGAACCCUAAUCACAAAGUUUCAAGAGUUUUCAAGCCUUAAAUCUUGUCUGUCUGAGGAACUUCUCCUUCAUCAUGAGAAUUCUGCAACAGCAUCACGGAAAUCAGAAAUUGUCACAAUGCCAGUAUUAAUGAAGGAUGAAAAAAAAUACAGUGAUUGUGUCGAUGUGUUAGAUCAGUUGGAAGAAUGGACCCAAGAAAUAUACAAGGCAAGUGGUAUGUGCAAAGAUCCGCCUGACCAGCCUUCUGUUUCCCCACCCUUGGUGGAAGUUCCAACUCGGCCAGAUCAACCUAGAUCCCACAUCCCACCAGCAUCAUCAAACUUUGACCCACUUCAAGAAGUAAAGAUUCCUUGUUUUGGUGAUGAAUUGACAAGAGUCAGGUUCGCUGGUGCACGUGAUCUACGUUCCGGUUGUCAUACUGCAAAGCAGCGUCUUGACCAUCUGUAUCCAUAUCGUAUUGUAGGAUGGCAUACGAAGAGGAGUUUUUUAAAGUCAGUCUUUAAACGGCUCUACAAAAAUUCUGGAAGAGAAAAUGGUACGUUGCGAUACUUCCGAGAAGUGCUCAAUCGAAGAAAUGUGACAGUUGAUGUCAAGCAUUAUGAAGACUGUGAACAACUCUUCAUGAGUGUUGGUCACUUUAUUUGGUAG